UCAAGUUCAAGGAACUACAGAAGACAUGCAGCAAAAUAAUGGUGAAAAUGAAGAAAAUGGAGGACCAGGUAUGGCACUACUAAAUGGAAAUCCAGGUGGCAAUGCUAGAAAUAACAAUGGAAAUGAUAUAGCAGGUGAAAACGAAGAAAAUGGAGGACCAGGUAUGGCACUACCAAAUGGAAAUCCAGGUGGCAAUGCUAGAAAUAACAAUGGAAAUGAUAUAGCAGUACCAAAUGUAAAUCCAGAAAGGGGAUCAGGUCCUGCGAUUAAUUCUAGUAACGAACAAGAUGGAGAAGACAAUCAACCAUUAAUUAGUAUGACAAGUGGAAUUGAAGAAUUAGGAACAAAUUCUGAUGUUAAUUCUGGAGAUGAAGCAGAAACAAUCCUCAAUCGACCAUUAGAUGCCUAUGCUGCUGGAAACACUCCUAUAAAUGAUGAAAACAAUUUGUAUGAUGAGGGCAACACUCCUUUAUCUGUUCCAUUAUUUUCUCCAGAUUCACUCCAAAACCUACACCAAAUCGAAAACAACCAUUAAACCAAUGCAAAGUCCAUUUUUUUCAAUUUAGCUCAAAUGUAAACAUGAAGUGCCUGCUCUACAUGAUGAUCUUCAAUAAACACUGAAAAACAAAGUCGGCUGUGAUAAUCUUUCUACUAGUGACUUGUUGGGACUCAUUAUUUCGUUAUGAAACUAUAACAAAGACAGUUCUGUGUUCUAUUGUGUUAGCAGUGCUAUUACAUCAUUUGUUAAGGUUAUCUAUACAGAUAUUCGAUAGAAAUUAUAACCAGCACUGAUUUUGUUACAACAUCUCUACACUCUCGGAGUGGUUGGCAUUAGGAAGGGCAUCCAGCUGUAGAAACUCUGCCAAAUCAGAUUGGAGCCUGGUGUAGCCAUCUGGUUCACCAGUCCUCAGUCAAAUCGUCCAACCCAUGCUAGCAUGGAAAGCAGACGUUAAACGAUGAUGAUUUUGUUGCAAUAUUUCUUGUUUACAUCUCAUGUCCCAGAUACAAAACAUUGUAACAAAAAUAAGUGUUGGCUAUAAUUUCUAUGGAAUGUCUGUAGAGAUAACCUUCAAAGAAAAAUCCUUCUAUUGUUUUAAACUUUUUUAUGAAUGUAAUGACACCUUGUUAAAACAUAUUCUAUUUAUUUUAGACACAUUGUUGCUGAUACAUUGUCCCACCCAUUAUACAUUAUACAUACACUGUGUGGACCAAACUCCUAAACUAGCCUCUGUCCUUUCAGAACUUUCCAAAAUCUCUCUCUCUCUCUCUCUCAAUCUUUAGAAUGUAGUAUGUACCAUUCUCAAGAAAAGCAAUCUCCCCAUCACUACCACUCAUCUACCCUUUUUAACAUCUCAAAAGUGAUGGGAAUAUUAUUGCUAUCAGAUCUUACCAAACCAUUCCAACCAAUGACAGCAUGGAAGAUGCAUGUCUUAAAUGAUGAUGAUGAUGAUUCAUAUGUUUUCCUCUAAGCAAGCACCAGCCCACAGCCUCAAGGCAUUGGACUGAAGGAAAUUGAAACUGCAGUUGUAACAUUAAUAUUAUUUCUCUAACUCUACACAAGAACCUGCAGCCUCCAGGCAUGCAAUCCGAAAGAUCUUUUUCUUUCCAGAAGCUGGAAAUAUUCAUAUAUACAAAUAGGCGUAGGAGUGGCUGUGUGGUAAGUAGCUAGCUUACCAACCACAUGGUCCCGGGUUCAGUCCCACUACGUGGCAUCUUGGGCAAGUGUCUUCUACUACAGCCUCGGGCCGACCAAAGCCUUGUGAGUGGAUUUGGUAGACGGAAACUGAAAGAAGCCCGUCGUAUAUAUGUAUAUAUAUAUAUAUAUGUAUGUGUGUGUGUAUGUUUGUAUGUGUGUGUUUUUCCCCCCAACAUCGCUUGACAACCAAUGCUGGUGUGUUUAUGUCCCCGUAACUUAGCGGUUUGGCAAAAGAGACCGAUAGAAUAAGUACUAGGCUUCUAAAGAAUAAGUCCUGAGGUCGAUUUGCUCGACUAAAAGGCGGUGCUCCAGCAUGGCCACAGUCAAAAGACUGAAACAAGUAAAAGAGUAAUACAUGUAAGUUUUUUUUAAAAAUCUUUUAUAAACACUCAGUAAUGUGAAAUGUUAAGGUUAUAAACUACAACAUUUCUAUUUGUUACAUAUUGGUUUAACCACUAAUUCGAUGACUGGCACCCGUGCCAGUGGAGCGCUAACAGCACUAUCCGAGCGGGAUCACUGCCGGAGUGGUUGGUGUUAGGAAGAGCAUCCAGCUGUAGAAACUCUGCCAGAUCAGAUUGGAGUCUGGUGCAGCCAUCUGGUUCGCCAGUACCCACUCGAAUUGUCCAACCCAUGCUAGCUGGAAAGUGGACGUUAAAUGAUGAUGAUUGCCAGUCAUCCGAUCAUGAUCAUUAUGAAUGUACACAGAUGCACAUAUCGAUAAAUAGCAUUAAAUAAAUACGGUACAAAUAUUUUGUAACUGAAAGGCCAUUGUUUUGACAUCAAUAAAUUGGAGUGCCAUUAUAAUUGUAUAAUGUACUUUUCUGGAAA